GAAAUUUCAGUCUGACCAUCCUCAUCACGAUGAAGGAUCCGGUUAUAACGUGACAGGAGGAUCCAGCUGAACCCAAACCCGAGCGAGCGGCAGAGCAACAGUGAACUUAUGAUCAGGCUGUGAUGCGCACGGGUGACGCCGCGCUCCUGUAGUCGCAUAACCAAAGACUGGCGUGGGAUCGGUCCCUGCUGCGCCUCAUCUGGAAUAACGUCGGGGGGAAAAUCCAGAAAUUCAUUUAGCGGCUGCCUUUUUAUUUUUUAGAGGAAAAGAAAAAGGAGGCGAGCAGCGUUGGAAAGAAUCUCUUUUCGGGGGCAAACGUUUCCAUUCGGAAGAGGGUUUUCUGUACUUUGCAGAAACCAGAGCAGAUUUAUUCCGAUUAUCCACCAAAUAUAGGCUGUAACACGGAAUCAUGGGAAAGCAGAACAGCAAGCUGACUCCCGAGGUGAUGGAGGAUCUGGUGAAGAGCACAGAGUUUAACGAACAUGAGCUGAAGCAGUGGUACAAAGGCUUCCUGAAGGACUGCCCCACCGGCAGGCUGAAUCUGGAGGAGUUCCAGCAGCUUUAUGUCAAGUUCUUCCCUUAUGGCGAUGCAUCCAAAUUUGCACAACACGCCUUCAGAACCUUUGACAAAAACGGAGACGGAACCAUCGAUUUCCGAGAGUUCAUCUGCGCUCUGUCCAUCACAUCCCGUGGCAGCUUUGAGCAGAAACUCAACUGGGCCUUCAACAUGUAUGACCUGGAUGGUGACGGGAAAAUCACCAGAGUGGAGAUGCUGGAGAUAAUCGAGGCUAUCUACAAAAUGGUGGGCACUGUGAUCAUGAUGAAGAUGAACGAGGACGGCCUGACACCAGAGCAGAGGGUGGACAAGAUCUUCAGCAAAAUGGAUAAGAACAACGACGACCAGAUCUCGUUGGAGGAGUUCAAAGAGGCGGCGAAGAGCGACCCGUCCAUCGUGCUGCUGUUGCAGUGUGACAUGCAGAAGUGAGGCCGCCCCGCUUCCCGUCGCUCGCUGCCUCUCCUCCGUCUGUAAUCCACACACUCUGGACAGCAGCACGUUUUAAUGUCUCAUUCUAGGUUCUCUGCCAUUUCCACAGGAAAAAAACAAACAACAACAAAACAAACAAUGCUUGGACUAUUUUUCAAUGGACUCGCUUCUUGUGGUUGUAUGCAUGAGAAUGUCAAAUGCUGAAUAAUUUUGAAUAUAGCUAUAAGAUAUCAUACAUUUCUAUUUCAAGACAUGCCAAUGUGAUUCGUGCACAGUAACCCUAUACAUUCUCAUUCAACCUUAGCUUGUAUAUCAGUGGAGCACUGCAUUCAAUUAUGUUCCUGCAGUAUUUAGGAUCCCCCAGUGUUGACUGCUGCAACUACUGUACGCUUUACAUAAUAGUAACAAAACAAUAAUUCCUAUGAUAAUUGUAACUGUCUCUACUAUCCAGACUUGUUGAGCUCUUGGAGAAUAGAGAGGCUCCUGUCUGUUCCAGAUGUUUUCUCACGAUGGAACCAAGAAGAGUAGGUUCUUUGCAUGCAUAUAUUAUGUGUCGAAAAAAAAAAAAAAAAGAUAUAAUCUCUUACCUUUUUGCAUCUUUAGGUGGUUAUAAAAGAGAAACCCUCCACGAUUCAUUUAGUAUUGUUGCAUGGGAUGUACAGUGUGUGACUCAUCUGACUUUCAUUAGAUCACCUCCAGUAUAACGUGGGAGCAUGCUUCCCUUCAUUCGAUACACGUGUAUGUGUGACACUUUUUUAUUUAUUUUGGGAGAUAUAUUUGGGUUGCAGUUGUGGGCUAAAGCUUUUCACAUAAACACUGUAUUUACGUUUCGCUUCAGUGACUUCUGGGAUGAGCUGAAAUAUAUAUUUAUCGUACUGCUGCCGCUCUAUCUAGGAGUUUUAAAGGCCCAAAUU